UUUCUCAUUAGGGCUUGAUUUCUUCUACAGCAUAUAUAAGUGUGCACAGAACAAGGAACGUUUUGCAAAUUAAAUGGUUAAUGUUCCUGUGCCUGGGUAAAAUACUCCCCUGGGAGGUUAAAAGAAAACUGAAAAAAAGGGUAGGAAAUUAACCGCGGGUGGUUAUAAGCAGACUUGUGACCCUGUCAUGACGCAAGGAUUAGCUCAAUCACACGUUUUGGUUGAUCAAAGCCUACCAUUGCUCCACUAUAAGAGUAGGCUCAGAAGCUCACAAAUUCAUGAAGAGUGAAACAAAGGAAAACAAGAGUAAGUGAAAGAAUGGCCCUUUCAAGCAUUUCCAUUCUUCCACUACUUUUAGUCCUGCUUUCAGCUUCAUGGGCAACUUCAGCUUCGAUUCAAGACAACUUUAUCCAAUGCCUUGAUGACAAUUCUGAGCAAGUCAUUCCAAUCUCUGCUGUUUGUGCCCAAAACAACUCUUCUUUCACUUCUGUCCUAAAUUCCACUGCCCAAAACCUCAGGUACUUGGAGCCUUCAGUACCAAAGCCCCAAUUUAUCUUCACACCUUUGAAUGAAUCUCAUGUCCAGGCUGCUGUCAUUUGUGCAAAAAAGCUUGGAAUUCACCUGAGAUUCCGCAGCGGAGGCCAUGACUAUGAGGGCCUCUCGUAUGCAUCUGAAAUUGAGACACCUUUCAUUAUGUUAGACCUUGCCAGGCUUCGUUCCGUCAACGUCGAUAUCGAUGACAACACUGCUUGGGUUCAAGCUGGUGCUACAAUUGGUGAAGUUUAUUUCAGAAUUUCUGAGACAAGCAAGACUCAUGGCUUCCCUGCUGGUCUUUGCUCAAGCCUAGGCAUUGGUGGACACAUAACUGGAGGUGCAUAUGGUUCCAUGAUGCGAAAGUAUGGCCUUGGUGCUGACAAUGUCCUUGAUGCUCGAAUUGUCGAUGCUAAUGGCAAAGUUCUUGACCGAGCAGCCAUGGGCGAAGAUCAUUUUUGGGCGAUUCGAGGAGGCGGAGGAGCAAGCUUUGGAAUCAUCCUCGCGUGGAAGAUAAAGUUGGUUCCUGUUCCAGAAACUGUCACUGUUUUCACUGUUCCAAAGACCUUGGAACAAGGCGCCACAAAGAUCCUUUACAGAUGGCAACAAGUUGCAGACAAGCUUGACGAGGAUCUCUUCAUUAGGGUCAUCAUUCAAGUGACAAAAGCGGGCCAGAAAGGUGAGAGAACAGUGACAACAGCCUACAAUGCCCUGUUUCUUGGCGAUGCUGACAGGCUCCUCCAAGUAAUGAACCAAAGCUUCCCGGAAUUGGGUUUGACGCGGAAAGACUGUAUUGAAACAAGCUGGAUCAAAUCCGUGCUUUACAUUGCUGGCUACCCGAGUGAUACACCCCCAGAGGUUCUACAACAAGGAAAGUCAUUAUUCAAGAACUAUUUCAAAGCCAAAUCAGACUUUGUGCAACGACCCAUACCUGAAACUGGUCUCGAGGGGCUAUGGAAAAGGUUAUUGCAAGAAGACUCUCCGUUGAUGAUAUGGAACCCUUACGGUGGAAUGAUGGCCAACAUUUCAGAAUCUGCCAUCGCUUUUCCCCACAGGAAAGGUAACUUAUUCAAAAUCCAGUACGUGACCUCAUGGUACGAGGGAAGUCAGGACGCCACCACAAAGCACACGGACUGGAUUAGAGGGCUGUACGAUUACAUGGCGGCUUAUGUUCCCACAUCUCCCAGGGCUGCAUAUGUCAAUUACAGGGACCUUGAUCUAGGAAUCAACGACAAGACCAACACUAGCCUCAGUCAGGCCAGAGUUUGGGGAACUAAGUAUUUCAAGGGCAACUUCGACAGGUUGGUGAAAGUGAAAAGCAAAGUUGAUCCUGACAACUUUUUCAGGCAUGAGCAGAGCAUUCCACCUGCCCUGGUCUAAGCCUAGAGAUUGUCUUAGGGAGGUUGGAUGCUUCUUACAGAGAGCUGAUCAAUCCCAACACCCUGUUUACUGCUUUCCCAAAAGCAGGAAUAAAGACAUGUUAAAUUAUUUAGGAUCUAGAUGUAUUAAUUAUCUUUCGAACUAAAUAUACAAUUUUGUUCUUAUUUUGGUCUA